GACUCAUUUGUUCAUUCUUCGCGAAAUCGAAGUGCCGCCAAAACCCUAGGUCCCCAGCGCGACCCCUUCCCGCCCCUCUAUCGCCGCCGCGGCGCGAGUGACGUGCGGCCUCCGCGGGUACCGCAGGAGGGUGUAGCCUAGCGGGCGGCGAUGGCGUCGACGGUGCUGGAGGCGACGCGGGCGGCGCACGAGGACCUGGAGAGGCUGGAGCGGCUCGCGGUGCAGGAGCUGCAGCGCGAGCCCGCCAAUGCGCGGGACCGCCUCUUCCAGUCCCACCGCGUCCGCUACAUGCUCGACCUCGUCGUCUCCACCUCCGACAAGCUCGUGGAAAUCUAUGAGGACAAGGACAAUGCUAGGAAGGAAGAGAUCUCCACCCAUCUUACUGCACCCACACAAAACGGAAUCUUUAGCAAGUACUAUGAAAGGCUCAAAGAGAUCCGUGAUUAUCAUAGGAGGAACCCUUUUGCCCGUUUUGUCAGUACAACCGACGAUUAUGAAGUGCUUCUGAAGGAGGAACCAGUUAUUGAAUUCACUGGCGAGGAAGCUUUUGGCCGGUACCUAGACUUGCAUGAGCUUUAUAAUGAGUUCAUAAAUUCCAAGUUUGGAACUCCAAUGGAGUACUCAGUGUAUGUUGGCACAUUUUCCCAGAUGGAUAAGGUCACGCGUAGCCAUAAGGCUUCCAGACAAUACAAAGAAUACUUGGAGCAUAUUUUGGAAUACCUGACAUCAUUUCUGUAUCGAACAGAGCCAUUGCAAGACAUUGAGAAGAUUUUUACAAAGUUGGAAAGUGAGUUCGAGGAACGAUGGGCCAAUGGCGAAGUACCUGGAUGUGAAAAUAAGGGCACAGAGAAAGAAUCUGUGCCACAGGAGUCUGAAAUAGACCUUGAUUACUACAGCACAGUUGAAGAACUUGUUGAGCUUGGCCCAGAAAAGUUGAAGGAGGCUUUAGCUGCUCGUGGAUUGAAAAGUGGUGGUACUGUUCAACAGCGCGCGGACCGGCUUUUCUUGUUGAAGCAUAUGCCUUUGGAACAAUUGGACCGUAAGCAUUUUGCCAAAGUUCGACGUAAUUUUGUCUUAGACGCACCUUCAAAUGGCAACAAUUUCAAGGAUGAUUUGAAGAAGGAAGUUGCUUUGAUGGAAGUAAAGAUGAGGCGCCUUUGUGAGCUGCUAGAUGAGGUCAUUGUAAGAACAAAGGAGAAUGCAGAGAAGAAGCUAACUUUGACAUAUGAAGAGAUGGAAGCAGAACGCGAAGAGGAGGAGGUACAAGCUGACACAGAAAGUGAUGAUGAAGAGCAACAAAUCUACAACCCUCUGAAAUUACCGAUGGGUUGGGAUGGGAAACCUAUUCCCUACUGGCUAUACAAGCUACAUGGUCUUGGGCAGGAAUUUAAGUGUGAGAUAUGUGGAAACCACAGUUAUUGGGGGCGAAGGGCUUAUGAGCGUCAUUUCAAGGAGUGGCGCCAUCAGCACGGGAUGCGAUGUCUUGGUAUUCCUAAUACUAAAAACUUCAAUGAAGUCACGUCCAUCCAGGAAGCGAAAGAUCUCUGGGAGAAAAUACAAGCACGGCAAGGGGUGAACAAGUGGAGGCCAGAAUUGGAAGAAGAGUACGAAGACCAGGAAGGCAACAUCUACAACAAGAAGACCUACACUGACCUGCAGCGCCAAGGCCUGAUCUAGAAUUCUAGAUGUGAUAGUAACGAUUUUAGCUUUAAAGGAGCCGCUGCUGCUCCAACGGUCGGUAUUGUGUUCUACCGAACUUUGCUGAACAGGAUGUUGUAACUCUGAAUGUAUUGUCAUUUGGUAUACGUUCUAUGUAGAAAGAUGGUAUUUCAUAGCUAAGUGCUUUUCUUGGGCGA